AGUGACGAAGACCAAGAGAUUGAUCAUAAGAGUUUGAACAAUCUGAUGAGAUGCGAAUCGAAUGAAGAAGCUAAUGUUAACAGCAAGAGCUCUCUAGGUCAACAUUUCGGGGUCGACGAGGGGAUCAAGCAGUUGCAAUUGGUGGUGAAGAAAGAGAAGCAAGGUGAUGUUGCUGGUUUGCAAGAAGCAGCUGGAACCAGAUUUAGUCAGUUUGAGUUAAUUGGGAGAGGAUCGUUUGGUGAUGUCUACAACGGUGAGUGCCACAGAACACACUUCAUGUGUCUGCCUUAUUCCUACGAUGAGUUACUGCCUCUGUUUAUCAGGUUUGAUACGGACCUUAACAAAGAAAAAAAUCAAGGCCUCACCGGAGCAAUAGAAACUCGGAAACAAGGAACUGCAGUGAUAACUGGAGCUUCAUUUGGUUUAGGUUUAGCCACGGCAAAGCUUUUAGCAGACAAAUUGAAAUUCCAAAUACAACACUGAUGAUCUGUGUUAUGAGCCUAUUACCACGGUGGUGUUGGUUUCCAUAUUGGUGAUCCUCCGAAGAUUUGGGCUACGCGAUAUGAUGAAGGCGAUCGAGAACUAUAAUCAACAUUGUAGGUCUGAUCAAAAGGCAAAAUAAGAUUUGAGAUCUCUGAGAAUGAUGAGGUGUGGUGGAGCGUCUAUGAAUAAGGAGGUUAAAACCCCAAAUGGUGCAAGUGAUUUAACGGAUACGAUGGAGGAGAGCAGGGAAUUAUGGCACUACAGAAACGUUGAGAGUGAUGUGGAGGGGAGGAUCAUGGAUCCAAAUACUCGUCGGGUCAUGGAAAUUAAUCAAACAUGACAAAUUAAAGUAUCCAAUUCAGCUUUUGUGUUUAAGAAUUGCAAUGUGCUUUCAAAAUUUGAUUGUGAUACAAUGAACGUGAUACAUAAUUUUUGCUAUGUGUUGGAAAAAAAUCAAUUGCCGUAAGCCAUAAUUAAUUCGAAAUUACGUUUAUGUAUAUUUUUUAAAUAGUAUAUGUAUAGAUUUUUGUAAGAGUCAAUUGCCGUAAGAAAUGUUGUUUGGCUAUCGUAUUUCUCAAUUAUGUGAAUACAGUGAAUAGUUUAUAAUU